UUGAACUCUAAGUUAGUUAGAAUUGGCGACGAAGCAUUUGCAAACAGUGGUGUCAAGAACAUCCAGAUUCCAAACAGUGUAAGAUCCAUUGAACAGUCUGCUUUCGAUAACUGCAAGAAUGUCACAUUCUCAUUCGAAACAGGCGGUCAUCCAUUGUUUGAUGUUGACAACAACUGUUUCUACUACAAAGGACCAGGAAAUCUUUUGUUCACAUUCGGAGAUACAUAUUACAAAUUCACUGUUUCGGAGAAAGUUCGUGAAGUUAUGCCACAUGCUUUCCGUUUCAGAACAGUUAAACGUGAGAGAAAUGAAGGUGGAUUCACUCUUUUCUCUGGCGUAAACACAUUAGUUAUCCCAGAAGUUGUUUAUGAUUUACAAGACAACGUUACAUACAAUCCAUACGUAAUGAGUGUCUGCCUUGAAGGAGUUCCAAUGCUUAACUUGCAGUUCCCGAUCAGAACAGAUUUAACUGUUUAUGUUACUGAUAAAUUUACUUAUGGAUCAUACUACGAUUAUCCACACUUCGAGCACGAGAUGUGCCAAGAUACACAUGAUUCUCGCUUAGAUUCACGCCGAUAUGACAGACUUGACGGUGUUUACGAUAGUAACUGCUCUGAUUCAAUCAAUGAUACAUAUAAAACUGAUGUUACAUACGAAGAUAUCAGCGAUCCACUCUUUGGUGGCAACUUCCCAUACAUCAACCAGAAACAAUCUAAAGCUGUUUUUGAAUACAUUGGAGUUUCACCAAUUUACGCAUUCUUAUUUAUUUAUCUUACCGUCGCUACUCUCGCUCUCAUCUUUUCUGCUCUUUAUAUUACCAGAAACUUAUAA